UUUGGAAAUAACUCAGAAGAAAUGUGAUAGAAACGAAGCGGAGUUUGCAGAUGAAGGAAGAUAAAAUAAAAUUUAAAAUUUAAAAUUUAAAAAAAAAAAAAAGGAGAACAAAGGCCGCCGGCAUUAUCCUGCACAAAAGAACAAAGUGGCCCCACAACCCAACCCCGCCUUUUCCAUCACAAAGUCAUGGAUUUCCAAAGUGAAAUUCCGGAGGAAAUUUGAGGAGUAUCCGGAUCCGGAGAAAGAGUGAACAGAGGAAAAAAAAAGAAAAAAAAAAAAGAGGCAACGUGGAAAUUCGAUCAAAGGAACAACUGAAAAAAAGAGAUCCUGGCAGGCGGGCAGGAGAAGAUGGGGAAAUGAAUUGGUUCCAGACCUUAAGUGGGAUAUUAGCCCAGCAACUGUACUAACCUAAUGGUAGAUGACCUGAUCUUUUAACUACCUCUAUUGCCAAACCAGCUGCCUUAAUCAGUCUUAACCAAUGUCAACAAUUAGGGAGCAACCAAUUUUUAGCACCAGGGCCCACAUCUUUCAGAUUGAUCCUGCCACCAAGAGGAACUGGAUCCCUGCCAGUAAACAUGCCUUGACAGUGUCCUAUUUCUAUGAUGCUACUCGCAAUGUCUAUCGGAUCAUCAGUGUGGGAGGCACCAAGGCCAUCAUCAAUAGCACCAUCACCCCCAACAUGACCUUCACAAAGACCUCACAGAAGUUUGGCCAGUGGGCAGACAGCAGGGCCAACACAGUGUAUGGGCUGGGCUUUCCUUCUGAACAACAUCUCACUCAGUUUGCAGCAAAAUUCCAAGAAGUAAAAGAAGCUGCUCGCUUGGCCAGAGAGAAAUCACAGGAUAAGACUGAACUAACCAGCCCCGCUCUCAGUUUGACUUCCCACCAAAUUCUAGCCAGCCCCAUCAUUAGUUCCAAUGGUCCUGGAGAUGACAAGCUGUUCCGGAGCCAGAGUGCUGACAUGGAGAUGACAACAGAAAGAGAGCGCAUUAAAAAAAUGCUCUCUGAAGGGUCUGUUUGUGAAGUCCAGUGGGAAGCCGAAUUUUUCAGUCUGCAAGACAAUAACAACAAAUUGGUGGCCGCCUUGCAUGAAGCUAAUGCCAAUGUGGAACAAUGGAAGCAGCAGCUGGCAGCAUAUCAGGAGGAGACGGAAGCACUGCGCCAACGAGUGGCAGAGCUGGAAGCCCAGAGAGAACACAAUUCCUCAAGCGAUGUCAGGAAAGAGACCUGCCCAGCUUUAGAAGACCUGGAACAGUUGGUGAAGGCCAAAGAUGAGGAGCUUCAACAGCUGAGAAACCAAAAGGGGCUGCAGCAGCAACCAGAUGAUGAAUAUGAAGAAACCCGUCAAAAGGUGCAGGACCUAGAGAGACAGAACACAGAGCUGGAGCGACGCUUGCAUUUGGCCGAACAGUCUCUCUCGGAGACCCUUUCUGAACGGGAGAAGAUGUACCAGGAGGUAGCCAAAUUGGCAGAGAUCAUGGACAUGAAAAUCUUCGAGCUGAGUGAGCUCAGACAAGACUUGGCUAAACUUGUGGAGAGCAACUAAAGCAGGAAACGGAAGAAGAACCAACCCUCCUUUAACCCUGGCUUGGUGUGCUCGGGCGAUCAGCAUGGAGAUGAAGUGAAGACUUGCUUGACUUGUCCAGUGGUCGCAUCCUUUCUCCUCUCUGGACAUCUUGGGAGAAGCGAGUCUAGAGGAGGUAGCGGCUGGAGAGGGACCUCCAAGCCAAUUUCUCCAGCCUUAUUUUCCUUUCAGAUGCUUCCAUUUCUAUAAACCGUGAUGUGUUUUUUGCCUAUCCUGAGGCAGUACGAUGGGUUUUUUCCACCCCAGUAGUUUUUGAUAGAGAACUCUUCACUCUUCCCCUCGGCCAUCCUAUGGAACCGAUGGCCGAGUCAAAAUCCCCCUAUUGUUUCCCUGUAACCCUGGUGUUGUGUUUUUAGCAAGACUGCUUUUUAUAGAUGACUCAACGCUUCCGUCAAGCUUUGCAGUCAAGCACUCCUAGAGAAUCCAUUUUGGGAAGAAAUCUUGAGAAAAGACGAUUCUUCUUUUCUCUUCUUCUUUUAUUAUAUGUAUUGUGGGGAGGGCUGUUUGUUUUUAAUCUCAAAAUCAGCACUGAAUAUUUUUUAGCAAAUCUGCAAACUAUGAUAUUCCGCUGAAAAAAAAAUGGAAAAAAAAAGAAAGGCAAGAGUGGGAGGGUAUGAAAGCUACAGAGAAAAAGGUGAUCCCUAGGAGUGGGGAGGUACAAGCUGGACCAUUUCUCAGUUGGACAGCUGCCAAACGCUGAUGAAUUAGGAUAGACUAAACCUUUCUUUCUUUUUUGUCUGGCAAAGCAAUGCAAUUCAGCACCAAGCAACAGAUCCAGAAAUGGGGGAAAGUGUGGGAGUUUGUAGGAACACAAGUUCUAGCAUGCACCCCUGUUACUUAGCUUCCUUCAACCUGGCACCAUGGUGGCCAGGAAAGACGGGAGGUGAAUUCCAACAUAGUUAGAGAGUACCUGGUUCGGAAAGGUGUCCCUUGAUUUAAUUCCCCUUUCCUUGUCUUUGUUAGCCCAAGCGCGAGGCUUGAAAGAGGAAGCUAACAUGUCAUGUCACUCAGAGAAUUAUCUUAGGGGAUCAGCCCUGGAUUUGUUUGGAGCUAAAGUCAUUCUCUCCAGUGAGCCACUAUAGCUUCCUUAGGAAUUGACUGAUUUUUUCCCGUUCUGAAUUAGAACUCUACAGAAAGACCGCAUAGGAAGGUGCACUCUAUAGCAGGGGUCUCCAACCUUGGCAACUUUAAGACUUGUGGACUUCAACUC